AUGAAGUCCUCUCUCAUCGCCCUCCUCACCCUCGCCAUCGGCGCCUCCGCCUCGCCGCUCACCGAGCGCGCCACCUCGCACUCGUGGGCCGGCACCAGCAACUACUUCAUCCAGGGCCUGUCCGACGCCGACCAGGACGCCUACCUCGCCUCGCUCGCGCAGGCCGGCGUCAAGGUGCUCCGCGUCUGGAUCAACGGCCAGCCCGGCGGCGGCGCGUGCACAAAGGGCAGCGUCAGCGUCACAAAGGUGCCGCCCUUUGAGACGACGCUCGGCACGUAUAACUGGGAGACGGUCGACCUCCUCGACAAGACGCUCGUGGCCAUUGGCAAGCACGGGAUGAAGGCGCUCAUCUCGCCCCACGACGGAAACCAGCUAAACGGUCCGAAUGGCAACGACAUCUACGGUACCAAAUUUGGCAGCGGCUACUUCUACGAGCGCCAAGACGCCUUUGACGCCUACGACAACCGCCUCCGCGCCAUUGUCAACUACAAGGGCAAGUACUCGGGCAAGGUGUGGAAGGACUGGUCCGACGUCAUCAUGGCCUUUGACCUGCAAAACGAGGCCUUUUCCUCCCAGACCUCGGAGUGCACAAACUCGGCCGCCCAGGGCUGGGCCUGCGGCCGCGCCGCCACGCUCCGCACCGCGCUCGGCGCCUCCAACCCCAUCAAGAUUGCCACCGGCGGCCUCGGCGGCGACAUCUCGCACGGCUGCACCUUCAUGAGCAGCGCCAUGAGCUGCCCGCAGAUUGACCUCGUCGCCGUGCACCGCUAUGCCGGGCCCGAGUCGCAGAACCCCAAGCAGUGGACCAACAUCUACAACUCGUGGCUGGGGCAGACAAAGGGCAAGCUCGUGUACGUCGAGGAAUGGGGCGUCGACACGAGCAAGUACAACAUCCAGGACGAGUUCAAGACCAACACGCAGGACAUGAAUGCCGGUGGCCUGCCGUGGGUGUACUGGCAGAUCCUGCCUCAGAAGAAGUGCAACGUUGACGACGGCGACCACUUUGGCUUUUACAUCAACAGCGGCGUUGACGUGGCAAGUGCUGCCCAGGGCGCGAGCAGCGCCACCAGCAAGCAGGAUUGGACUGGUAUUGUCUAG